UGCUGCGUCUGGGGAACUCUGUGGAGGCGCUGGAGGCUGCCAAGAGGGCCAUCCACCUGUCUGACGGAGUUCUGAGGCUGUGCCUGACCAUCAGCCAUCUGAACAGAGCCAUGUACUUUGCCUGUGACAACAUCCUGUGGGCCGGGAAGACGGGCCUGGUCCCCGAAGUGGACCUGCAAAAGUGGAGCCAGAGAUCUUUCAGGUACUACCUCUUCACACUGAUCCUGAACCUGACUCGAGAUGUGUACGAGCUGCACCUCCUCAUGGAUAGAGAAGCCCGCUACAGAGCCUCCAAAUCCCCCCCCUCAGCCCAGCCCAGCCCCUCCCUGUCUGCUGACCCCCCCUCCCCGGCCCCAGAGGCUCUGCCGUGGCUCAGCAGACAGCUCCACCUGCUGGUGACGGUGCUGUACAGCAACCCCCCCCUGCUGCUGGACCUGCUGAAGACCCUGUGUGAUAUCUUCAUCCCUCUGGACCGGCUGGGGAUCCGCCCCACGGGGUCCGGCUUCGUGGGGGCCUGCGGCCUCACCUCCUCCCUCCUCUCCAUCGCCACCAUCCUCCACCCCUGGCUCAAGCUCAAGCCCUGAACCCAGAAACUGAUAUGACUAACUCUGCUUCACUUCCUGCCUGCAUGUUUGAAAUUAUCACAGCGUCAGGUGUGAGGCACAGACCCCCCCCCCCCCCCCCUCCCAUACAUAUUAUACUGCCCUUGCUGAGGCAGCUCUUUUCACUCUCUGUCUGAAACCAGAGCCCAGUCUGCUCUGAUUGGUUGGCUGGCCGUCACAAGAUGUCCCGCCCCUGAGCCUAUCACAUACAAUUAAGUGAAAUUGACUUUGAUACAAUGUGUUGGAGCCAUAGCCAAUAGAAGCGUUUAAUAGGGUUCUGUCACGGAAUCAAACCCUUCAUCCUAAUCAACACAUUUGCUAUCUGGAAGAAUACACAGCCCCCCGUCCUGUUUCACAACCAUGACACGUAACUUGGAGGACACUUUUGACUGGCUUUGUUUUACCAUCAUUCUACAUGGUAUGAAUAGUCCUGUGAGAUACAGAUGCAGCAACCUAACCCCAUAAAAACGAACUCUGAUUCUCUCACAUUGCUGCAGUGACUUCACGUCAUUGAUGGUCAGGUGUGUGGCGUGGUGCUGCUUCCACAAAGCUGACUGCUAUGUCACACUGAUCACUAUCAAAAGCUAACUAUGGUUUACCACCAAAGGGUCUGUGGCAAAGCCUCCCCUGCACCGCACUCUGAAGAGAUUGAAAUAUACAGAGCUGCUUUAUUAAUGCAACAUGAACCUGGAAUAGAAUCUGAAUGUGCAUGGCCGGUUCUUAACAUACAUUUUGUAAAAAAGAAAAGUCUAAAUGACGUGUAAGAUAGGGAUCUAAGCUGAUGGUGUAGCCCCGAGGCUUAUUUGUCAUUUCUGAUAUUUGGGUGUGUAAAUAAAAUUAAUUUAAAAAUG